GGACACUUCUUGCUGUUUGGACGGUAAUGCCUAUUUGGUGACUGAUGUUCUGCUGUUUCAUGGACGACUUUCACAAAAACGGCCCCAAGUCGAAGUCUAAAGUUAAGAGAAGGAAUGAAAAGACCAAACAGGAAGAACCAUCGUUGUUUGGCAUUGCUGAGUUCAAAAGAUAAAAACAACAGUGUUUGAUGACUGCAAGAAAGAAGGUGAAUGGAAGAUAAUGAUUUUAGAUGAAUUUACCACAAAGCUUUUGGCAUCAUGUUGCAAAAUGACAGAUCUUCUAACUGAAGGCAUAACUGUUGUGGAGAAUAUUUAUAAGAAUCGAGAGCCUGUCAGACAAAUGAAAGCUCUUUAUUUUAUCUCUCCAACAUCAAAGUCUGUAGACUGUUUUUUACGUGAUUUUGCAAGUAAAUCAGAGAACAAAUACAAAGCAGCAUAUCUAUACUUCACUGACUUUUGCCCUGAUAGUCUCUUUAACAAAAUUAAGGCUUCUUGCUCCAAGUCAAUAAGAAGAUGUAAAGAAAUAAAUAUCUCCUUCAUUCCACAUGAAUCUCAGGUGUAUACUCUUGAUGUACCAGAUGCAUUCUAUUACUGUUACAGUCCAGACGCUAGUAACGCAAAUGGAAAAGAUGCCAUUAUGGAAGCAAUGGCUGAACAGAUAGUUACAGUAUGUGCUACGCUGGACGAAAACCCUGGAGUUAGAUACAAGAGUAAACCUCUAGAUAACGCCAGUAAACUUGCCCAGCUAGUUGAUAAAAAGCUUGAAAACUUCUACAAGAUUGAUGAAAGGAACCUAAUAAAGGGUAAAACUCAUUCUCAGCUCAUAAUAAUUGAUCGUGGUUUUGAUCCUGUGUCCACUGUCCUGCAUGAACUGACCUUUCAGGCAAUGGCAUAUGAUCUACUGCCGAUUGAGAAUGAUACCUACAAAUAUAAAGCAGAUGGAAAAGAAAAGGAAGCAGUCCUUGAAGAAGAUGAUGACCUCUGGGUCAGAAUUCGACAUAUGCAUAUUGCAGUUGUGUUAGAGGAAAUUCCCAAGCUUAUGAAGGAAAUUUCAUCAACAAAGAAAGCAACAGAAGGAAAGACAUCACUUAGUGCUCUUACCCAACUGAUGAAAAAGAUGCCCCAUUUUCGUAAACAGAUAACUAAGCAAGUUGUCCAUCUUAACUUAGCAGAAGACUGCAUGAGUAAGUUCAAGUCUAACAUAGAAAAGCUCUGCAAAACUGAACAGGACCUGGCACUUGGAACUGAUGCAGAAGGACAGAAGGUGAAAGAUUCUAUGCGAGUACUCCUUCCAGUUCUGCUCAGCAAAAAUCAUGAUAAUUAUGAUAAAAUAAGAGCAAUCCUACUUUAUAUCUUCAAUAUUAAUGGAACUACUGAAGAAAAUUUGGAAAAGUUAAUCCAGAAUAUAAAGAUAGAAAAUGAGAGUGACAUGAUACGGAACUGGAGUUACCUUGGUGUCCCCAUAGUCCCCCCAUCUCAACAAAGCAAACCAUUAAGAAAAGAUCGGUCUGCAGAAGAAACUUUCCAACUCUCUCGAUGGACACCUUUUAUCAAAGAUAUUUUGGAGGAUGCUAUUGAGAAUAGAUUAGAUUUGAAAGAAUGGCCUUAUUGUUCCCAGUGUCCAGCAGUGUGGAAUGGCUCAGGAGCUGUAAGUGCUCGCCAGAAACCCAGAGCUAAUUACUUAGAGGACCGAAAAAAUGGAUCCAAGCUGAUUAUUUUUGUAAUCGGAGGAAUUACAUACUCUGAAAUGCGUUCUGCUUACGAAGUUUCUCAGGCCCAUAAAUCCUGUGAAGUUAUUAUUGGUUCUACACAUAUUUUAACACCCAAAAAGCUGUUGGAUGAUAUAAAGAUGCUGAAUAAACCCAAGGAUAAAGUGUCUUUUAUUAAGGAUGAAUAGUAUUUUUUUAUUAAUACUUUCAACUCAAAUAGAUCAAGUCAGUGUUGCUAUCAUGUAAUAUAAAUGAUGUAAAUAUUUUAUAGAAUGACUUUUUCAAAUAUACUUCUUAAUGGGCUGCUUUAUGAUUGCAUAUCAUUUCAUUUGCCAUGUUUAAUAAUUUAAAUAUUGCUGCUUUGUAGUUGAUAAGAAAUGUUAAAAUGCUUUAUAAAAGAAAAUUUUUUCAUCUUUGAACAGAAUAUAUUAGAGACAUGGGUAAUUUUUUAUUGUCACCUAUGUACAUACUAAUUACUUGUUAGAUACUAUCUAACAAAACCUAUCCAUCUUUUGCUGAAGUAUGGUUUUCUUUCUCUGGUGGGGGGGGGAGAGUGACUUUAAAUGAAAAGAUUAUAAAAGUAAAAACUGUAAAUGUCUAUGUAUGAUAGAAUGAUUUCCUAUAAGUACAAUUUUUUUAACUGAAAUUGAUUUUGUAUAAAAUAACUCAGUCAUUUAUAGAAAUAGAAUGAUUUCACAGUGCUUGAUAGAAGUGCCUUACCUAAAUACUUCUAAAGAAUACAGUUUUAUAUAGUUUUAAAAUCAUGUAAGUUUAUAUUAGAAAACCAAACGUAAUUGUGAACAUUCUAAGAUAAAACAUAUA